CACGCACACACACGUGCGCGCGCACGCACGCACGUACGCAGCUGGUGCGCCUGACUCCAUCAGACAGAGAGCCGGGCUAGUCCGAGCUUCGAGCUGCUCGUCUUUUGUUUUUUUUAGGGGGGUGGUGGAGUGUGUUGAUUUGAAGAACUUUACGGAGGUGAGACGCGGGAUGAACGAGAGUGUGGAAGAAUAACUAAAUCGGUCGAAAUUGGUGAGAAAAAGGAGCAGCAUUAAGUCCCGUUGAAGCGGUGGAGCCGGGAGCCAAGGGGGAGCUAUGCCAUCUCCCGCAGAGCGGAGCCCAGUCCUCCUGCGUCGCGUGUCGGAGCUGCAGCAUGGUGCCCCUCUCCGGACCCUGGACCCACCGCCUCGCCCCCGGGAGAGCCCCGCGCCCCUUCCUCCUGCCCCUCCUGCUGCUCCUGCUGCUGCUGCUGCUCGGCGCCCUCUCGUCGCCGGAGCCGUGCCUGCUCCCGCCGGCGUCGUGCCACAUCCUCGCCCGGAUCGGACACACGGUGCGCCUCGGCGCGCUGCUGCCCGCCCGCCAGCCGGCCCGGAUACAGAACGCGCUCAACCGCGCCCUAGCUAGCCUCCGGCACCAGAGCGCCGCCGCCGCCGCCACCUCGGACUCGUCCACCGCCUCCACCACCCCGGGCAGCGGCAACCCGGCGCGGAGCCUCCCGCUGCUGCCCUACAACCUGAGCCUGGAGGUGGUGGCUCGCUCCCCGGCGGGAUGGGACCCGGCGUCGCUGUCCCGGUGCGCCUGCCAGGAGCUGGCGGUGCGCGGAGUGAGCGCCGUGCUCGCCUUUCCGCGCUCCAGCGAGGAGCUCGUCCAGGUGGAGUUCCUCUCCAAUUUCCUGGAGACCCCCUUCAUCUCCAUCCUGGAGGACACGGAGCCCCUUGUCACCAAGAACGCAUUCCACCUGCAGAUGUCAGCCCGCAUGCCUCCGUCUUCCCUGGGCGGCCUGCUGCUCGCCGUCCUGCACGGGAGCGACAGGGACCGGGACCGGAGCGGCAUGGAGGACGGCAGCUGGGGCGCCGCGGCCGUGCUCUGCUCCGGCUGGGAGGAGGGCAGCGACGGCCUGCUGUCCCACAUGCAGACCCACAGCGGCGCCGCCUGGCACCUGUGGGAUGUGGUCAAUCUGACCCAGGUCUCGGGCGACGACGGCGGCGGUGGUGGCGGCGGACGGGGCGAGGCCAGCGAGGAGAGGCGUGAGGACCAGAGGGAGGAGGAGGUCUUGAGGAUCCUCUCCACGCGCUUACUGCGGGCCUCCUCGCCCGUCUCCAGCGUCCUUCUUCUGGGCUCGGACCCGGAGUGUCUUUCCUCGGUGCUGCGGGUGGCCCAGCGGCUCGCCGCGUCGCUGCCGGCCCUGCAGUGGAUCAUGGGGUACCCGCUGUCGCCGGACUCCCUGCAUACCUUGGGGGGUCCCCUCGGCCUGCUGGCGUACGGCGAGGUGGGACGCAAGCCAAUCAGCUUCUACAUCCGCGAUGCCCUGCAGCUGAUUGGCCGGGCCGUCACCGCGGCGGCCGCGCCCAGGCCCGACUUGGCGCUGAUGCAGAACGCGGUUAACUGUUACGACAAACCUACGCGACGAGAUCCCCUUUCGUCGGGACGAUAUCUGUCCAGGUUUUUUCCCAACACCUCCUUCACCGGUGCCACAGGCCUUAUCCAGGUGGAUGCUGACCUCUCCAGAAUACUUUCCUCGCAGCUCUUCCACGUCUGGAGCCUCAAGAGGGGCGCCCUGGGCCAGCCGGCCUGGGUCACUGUGGGCCAGUGGUCCCGAGGCAGGCUGGAGUUGGAGGGUGGCGUCCACGGGCUGGCGGGGGGCUUCAGCAGCAGCCCGGGUCAAGGCCUCGGCGCCGGGGUGAGGGGAGGUGACGGUCAAGGGGACUUUAACGCCGGGGGACGCUGGAGGCCCGGGCUUUCGGUGGAGGGCCACCGUCUGCGGGUGGUGACCCUGGUGGAGCACCCGUUUGUGUUCACGCGCGAGGUGGACGAGGACGGGCUGUGUCCUGCCGGGCAGCUCUGCCUGGACCCGAGGACCAACAGGUCAGAUGUGAUACAAGGACUCUUCAACCAGCUGCAUAAUCCCAACGCGUCAGCGGCAGACUGGGAAGGCAUUAGCCUUCCGGAGGACCUGCGCAAGUGCUGCUACGGCUACUGCAUCGACCUACUGGAGAAGCUGGCGGAGGACAUGGGCUUCACCUUUGACCUCUACAUCGUGGGGGACGGGAAGUACGGGGCGAUGAGCGGCAGCGGCCGCUGGACCGGCCUGGUGGGCGACCUGAGGAGCGGCACGGCCGACAUGGCGGUCACCUCCUUUUCCAUCAACUCGGCCAGGAGCAGGGUCAUUGACUUCACGUCGCCCUUUUACUCCACCAGCCUGGGCAUCCUGGUCCGCAGUCGGGACACGGCAGCCCCCAUCGGCGCCUUCAUGUGGCCCCUGCACUGGUCCAUGUGGGUGGGCAUCUUCGUCACGCUGCACCUCACCGCACUUUUCCUCACCUUGUACGAGUGGAACAGCCCCUUCGGCAUGACCCCCCACGGGCGCAACCGGGUGCGCGUGUUCUCCUAUUCGUCCGCCCUCAACCUCUGCUACGCCAUCCUGUUUGGCCGCACCGGCGCCACCAAGACCCCCAAAUGCUGGACGGGCCGCUUCCUGAUGAACCUGUGGGCCAUCUUUUGCCUCCUGGUGCUCUCCAGCUACACGGCCAACCUGGCCGCCGUCAUGGUUGGCGAAAAGACCUUCGAGCAGGUGUCGGGAAUCCACGAUGAUAAGUUGCACCACCCGUCGCUGGGCUUCCGAUUCGGUACAGUGCGCGAGAGCAGCGCCGAGGAUUACAUGAAGAAGAGCUUCCCCGAGAUGCACGACUACAUGCGGCGCUUCAACCAGCCCACCACCCCCGAGGGCGUGCACAUGCUCAAGACCAAUCCUCCUAUUCUCGAUGCCUUCAUCAUGGACAAAGCCCUGCUGGAUUUCGAGGUAUCCAUCGACGCGGACUGUAAGCUGCUGACGGUGGGCAAGCCGUUCGCCAUCGAAGGUUACGGCAUCGGCCUGCCGCAAGGCUCCCCUCUGACCCGCAACGUGUCCGAGUUCGUGAGCCGCUACAAGUCGGACGGCUUCAUGGACAUGCUACACGACAAAUGGUACAAGGUGGUGCCCUGCGGGAAGCGUGUCUUCGCUGUGACUGAGACACUCCAGAUGGGCAUCCAGCACUUCUCGGGCCUUUUUGUGCUGCUGUGCAUGGGGGUGGGUGGCGCCUUGCUGACCUUGGCGGGCGAGCACACCUUCUACCACCUGGUCAUCCCCCGCCUCCGCCGCAGGCACACGCUGCAGUACUGGCUACACACCAGCCAGAAGAUUCACCGAGCUCUCCACACGGCGUAUGAGGAUGAAGGCAAAGAGCUGACGGGCCUUGAACAGAACGCCUCCUCUUGCAUCUCGGAGAACUGCAGCCUCCACAGGAAGCAGCAUCAGCAGCCUCCCCCGCCAUCUCCCCCCAAAUCCCUCCCGGCCUCCAGCUCGGCGGCGGACAGUGGCAGCUCCUCAUCGCCGUCCCACGAGCCCAAGGAGAAGCGGGUGCACUUCGACCUGGACACCCUCCACAGCUACCGGCUGCGAACCCACACCGCCUCGGUGCGCGGACGCCCCGGCAUGGUGGGCCGUCCCGGGCUUGGCCUCGGCGGCUUGGGUCUCCCCAGCCUGGGGAAUUUGAGCCUCCAAGCCAACGGGGGUCCCGUCACGGGGCUGGCGUCCUCAGGUUUGGUACUCUCUCCCCUGGGAGGAAGGGGCGGCCAGACCGGCCUGUGGGAAGGGGAACUCCAGGAGCUCCAGGAAAAGAUCGAGAUCUUCCGCAACCAGCUGAGGGAGGCCCUGGCCAGGAGGGCGGAGAUCCAAACCAGCCUGGAGAGGGAGCGCGGCGGGGCAUUGCGCCGGGACACCAGCCUGGAGCGGGAGCGAGACCGGUUGCGGGUCCAAACCAUCAGCACAGACAAGAGCAGCAUUGCUCAGCCCGGCAGAACCGGCCAGACUCUCAACAACCAGCCUCAGCAGGCAAUUCCCGGGAACCUCACGCUUGGGAGAAGCGGCCCACUGAACACAAUCAACAGCCUGGACCGAGGGCGAGCCCCCCAGCUACGCUCCACCCCACCACUGACAGAGGACCGGGCCGGCCAGUCGCGCGCCGCUUCUUCCGCCAGUUUGGACCGAAGUCGGCUCGGCCAGCCCGGCGCCGUCCUGUUGGCGCGGAACACUCUGAGCCUCGACCGGCAGAAGGCAAGCCUGACGCGCGUUCUCAGCACUUUGGAGAGGACAAGAGACAGCCAAUCACACACAGGGGGCGGGACUUGAUUUGAGGAGAUCUCUGGUGGAGGAAAAAUGAGUGCAUCGCUGCGGGAAGACAGGCAUUCUUAAUUAUGACAGAACCAUCUUAAAUUAUGAACAGGAGAUUCAUUUCUACGUUUUAGUAUAAAAAUCUACUAGAACCAGCCCAAAUUUUUCACUCACAGCACACCAGCUCGAGCACACAACCUAAUAUAAUAUUACGAUUAGAAUGAUUCAAUAAUUCCCACUACUGGAAGAUAAAUAAUAUUACAAUAUUCACUUACAUUGGUAGGACUAUAUAUAUAUAUA